AACAACAAUACGGAGACAGUAACAACAGACGGAGAGUGUGUUUCGGUUCUGGAGGAGAAAAUGAACAGUAUAAUUUCGCCUUCAGCUUCUCCUACAACCUUUUCUUCUCCUACAACCUUUUCUUCUCCUAGGUUGUCCAAAAUCGAUGCUUCCUUUUAUCCCUUUCCUAACUUCGCUCUUCCUUGUUCUUCCAAGCCCAUACACAUUGGACUUCCAUGCCAAAGGGGUUCUCGAACCACUGCAGUUCGCUGCAAUGGUAACAUGUGGCCCGGUGGCCCUGCCUCUGGUGAUGGUGACAGCAGCAGCAGAAGUAUUCUGGAUGCAUUUUUCUUGGGAAAAGCUGUAGCUGAAGCUCUAAAUGAGCGAAUUGAGUCCACAGUUGGUGAGUUUUUGAGUACAGUUGGAAAACUUCAAGCUGAACAACAAAAACAAGUACAGGACUUUCAAGAAGAAGUGUUGGAAAGAGUCAAAAAAGAAAAGGAAAAAGCAGCACGCGAAGCUAUAGAGGCACAAGGAGUCAUUUCCAAGCCUGCUGUUCAGAGUAAAGUCACAGAUUCAGCUACUUCAAGUACUUCAGUUUCUGCAACGGAUCCAGUCACUGAUGAAUCUGAAACAUAUAUUGAACCUGCCAAAGAAGGGGAACCUCCUUUAAGUUCAUCAAAUGAUGAGUGAUACGUGAGUGUGUAUUUUGCUUCAACUUUUGAUUGCUUUAUGCUGAAUUUACUUAAUGCCUUAUGUUUCUCCGAUCUAAAUAAGUUAUCAAGUUCAAUAGGCAUAUCAUAAUCUCGUUCAAAAUUCCAUCCUUGUUGGUAGAGCUUUUUUGUCAAGAGAUCAAUGAAUGCAAAUUCUCGAUUGGAUUGUC